UUCCUGCCUCACCUCCUCUAUCCGUAACACUGCUGUCUUCAGUGGAGGUGGCUGGCAAAUCGCUAACUGACAAGAAAAAAAAAGCUAUAAACCUAAAAAAAAUAUGAGUCUGCUCCAACUCUAAAAAUCCCAAGCACCCAAUUCUUUUGAUAUAUCUGAAAAAAGAGAGAAGAAUACGAGACAGAAUAGAAGGAAAAAAAAUGUUGGAAGGGAAAGCAACGAUCCAAGACACGGAUAUGCCAUUAAAGAUGCAGCUCCAAGCCAUGUCCUCCGCCUCGGAAGCUCUUGACCAAUUCGAUGUCUCGGACUUCAGAAGCAUCGCUGCUCACAUUAAAAAGGAAUUUGACAUGAUAUAUGGAUCCGGCUGGCAAUGUGUGGUGGGAUCAAGCUUUGGCUGCUUCUUUACCCACACGCAAGGGACCUUCAUCUACUUCAGCUUGGAAUCUCUCAACUUCCUCAUCUUUAAAGGAGUUGCAGCAUAGUACCAAUCUGGGUCUCUCUGUUUUUUUUGAAGGUGAAUAACUGGGUCUUUCUUAUGCCUAAGAAGAUGGAAGAAUAGGAACCGGGAUGCUUGACACUACCCUUGGAGUCUUACCGUAAAGUAUUGGAAGGAGCUUGUGUGUAUAUUUGUAAAUAGCCCUUGCGUCAUAUGUACUAGUAUAUGUGUCAGCCAAAUUGGCUAUUGUCAAUGAAAUAAUCCCAGUGGCAUCUUUUUCCGACCCAGUUUUAAC